AUGGAUUUGUUUUGUUGCAGGAAUUUCGUUUUAAUUAUUACUGGCAUUUUAGUGAAUACAGUUGCAGCUGACUUGCUUGAUACGGAGCGGGCAACGUUUUUCGGCCUGACCCAUGAAAUCCCUUUCAGCAUUUCCACGGUGGAGUUGGUAGAGCAGCUUUACACAGUUGUGUGGCAGCACGCUCAAGGCAACAGGAGAGUGCGGCGUUACUUCGAUUCGUAUGACACGCCCUUUGUGGGACAGGGAAGACGGAGAAUGGAUCAUAAC